AUGGUCGUGAGGCCUUCAUCUUUGCUGAUCCUACUGAUGGAGAAACGAGUGACUUUGAACUCAAAAACCGUUGUGUCCCAAUUGAAAUCAGAAAUUGAGUGCUCAGCUGAAUUGUUACACCCCGUGAAAUCAUCAUCAACCAAUUUAGCAAGAUUUCUAAGUUCAGCCCUUGAUACUACUCAUAUCUCCUUUUCUGAUAUUGAGAACAAGGUUGCUCCGUUAUUAUAUCAAGCAUUUGAGACAAUUCCUUACUUAGCUCAAAUCUCAUACAUAGGGAUGGAAGGUCUCUUUUUCUCGUACUACACUGAUCACGAUCAAGCUUUAGCAAUGUACACUAAUUCAUCAUCAUCAUUUUCUUGUUGGGGUGCCUCAAAUAAAUCCAUGUACUAUAUUCAACCGGUAAAUCGUGAAACUGGAGAGGUUUAUGGGGAAGCCAAAGCCAUAGUUUCUAACCCCUUUAUCAAUGCAACUUGGAUUGAAGAAACAGUUAAUGUGUCAAGUGGGUUUGCCUCAUUGGGAACCAAGUGGAGCAAUGGUCGUGAUCUUUUGUUCCUAAGUUCAGCUAGAAUCACAAGAACAGGAGUGAUCUCUCUUGGGUUUUCAGCAAAGGCAAUAACUGAUUUUGUCAAUCGCAUUGACCAACAAGGCAUAAGGUCCUACUUGGCUACCAAAGAUGGAAAAGUUGUUGUUGAAGGGAUUCAACAUAUCCGUUUGGUCCUUUCUAAUGAUACGGUUUCCAUCCAAUCAGUGAAUGCAAAUGGUGAUCGCACAAGUAAUGAGGGCACUGUCUCAUGCAAAGAUGAAGCCGUUGCUUCUAGUUUGAAUAUUCAGGAUACUCAAUAUUUAAUUCACUGCUACACCAUUGAUAUAAUGGGAAUUGAAUCGGUGUAUGUUUUGGCUGUCCCACAAAAUGAAUUCGUGAGCUUUGAAUUCAAUUACAAGAAAAAGGGAUUGACCCUGUUGAUCGCAACGAUGGUCACAAUAUUUAUUGCGUUCUUCAGUUUUCUAUUGAUAAAUGCAAAAGCUAAAAUGCGAGAAAUGCAUUUGUGUGCCUCACUCAUCAAACAGAUGGAAGCCACCCAACAAGCUGAGAGAAAGAAUAUGAAUAAGAGCAUCGCUGUUGCUAGUGCCAGCCAUGAUGUUCGCGCUUCUCUCGCGGGCCUUACCGGUUUGAUAGAAAUGUCCUAUGAGCUUGUUGUCCAUGGUUCAGAAUUGGAUACCAAUUUAAGACAAAUGGAUAACUGUACCCAAGACUUACUAGGACUGUUAAAUUCUAUACUUGACAUAAGCAAAAUUGAGGCAGGAAAAAUGCAACUUGAAGAAGAGGAAUUUGAUGUGUACCAUCUCCUGGAAGAUGUAGUUGAUUUUUACCAUCCCGUGGCUUUUAAAAAAGGUGUAGAUCUUGUUCUGGACCUUUGUAAUGGUUCUCUUAUGAGGAACUCACGCGUGAAAGGUGACAGGGGAAAACUAAAACAAGUUUUGAGUAAUUUACUGAGCAAUGCUGUUAAAUUUACCGACGAAGGGCACAUAGUAGUUCGGGCAUGGAUCCAGAAGCCGAGCAUGAAGAACUCAACGAUCACUAGUAACCAAUGUGGUUUCAAGAAAUAUUUAUCAUGCAUAUUGUAUAAGAAAAACGAAACGCAUAUUGAUAUGGAACCCAUGAAUUCAAUCCAACAAGAUCCAAAUUGCAUGGAUUUUAUAUUUGAAGUGGAUGACACGGGAAAAGGAAUUCCUAAAGAGAAUCACAAGUCUGUGUUCGAGAAUUACGUCCAAGUCAAAGAAACUGCUCUUGGCCAUGGAGGAACUGGCUUGGGACUUGGGAUUGUGAAGUCGUUGGUGCGUUUGAUGCAUGGAGAUAUUGAAAUUGUGGACAAAGAUAUUGGAAACAAAGGAACAUGCUUCAGGUUCAAUGUGCUCCUCACUUCAUGCGAGUGUGAGACAAUGAUAGAUGGUAGCAGUAGCACAAGGGAUGGUGUUGAAUAUGGAUCAGGAGACAGAAACCAAGCUGAGGGACGAACCAUGCAUACUACAGAUCCUGGUUGCUCAAUGAGUUCAAGGAUACAUAUUUGCAGCUCCAGUCUUAAGCCUGAGACUUCACGUGUGGUUCUUUUGAUUGCUGAUGAGGAGAGAAGAAGGACUUCACAAAGGUUCAUGGAGAGCUUAGGGAUUAAUGUUAAGGUUGUGAAGCGAUGGAAACAAUUGUUUUAUACUCUCAAGAAGAUCAAACAGAAGGGUCAUCAUUCCAGUGGCCAAAGUUCUCCAGGGUCUUCAAAUUUGAGUUCUCGAUCUACCUCGCAUAAUUCUUAUGCAAGAGCCACAAGGGUUCCUUUCAGUGCUAUGGAUGCAACUGAGUUUAUACAUUCAGUCUUCCAGAAGACAGGAUUGUAUCCAACUUCAGAGAAGACCUUAACAACCCUUGUAAGGUUGUUUGGUUGGACAACCCUCUUAUGCGUAGUAUCAACUUCAAAGACCUUGAUCAAGAUGACAUUGUCAUAUCCAAACCAUUUCAUGGUACUCGUUUGUUCCAAGUUAUAA